CUCACAGGCUUAUUUGCGUAUCCACCGUUCAGAAUUCUUUGCCAUGAGGGAUGCUCUUGGUUCUCACCUCGAAUAGCAUCGAGCAACUUAAUAUGCCAAGGCUGCAAAGAUGGAAUCCGCUGUUCCAGACCCGAAAACGAAGCCUGCGAUGUUGACAAAGUCACACGCGCAUCUUUCCACGUCUCUGAGCUGGAAUUCCGGAACUCAGCCCGAUAUGCCAUCCGCGCCGACGACGACGGCGUAUUGAUCCUCAGUUCAUAGCGAGGGCUCCACCUCACACCGGGCACAACGUAGCUCAGACGCAGCGUGACAUCGAUCGGCCCACGAGCCGUGUCCGAAGCGUCACCAUACGACCGUUCGAAAAUCGAACUGCGCCGACUAGACCCCGGCGUAACCACCGACUGACUAUCAAGAUGCACCACAACCUGCCCAACCUGAGCCGUCCAAAACACCCGUCGUUCAUUCCUCUUCCUCUCUCGCUGUUCCUUUCUCCUCUUCCUCUCCCUUUCCCGCUUUUCCCUCUCCCGCCGCGCCUCUUUCAAUACCCCCUCCCUCACCCUCCGAUGCUUCGCCUCAAUUCGAUCCCGCCUCCUUGCAAGCCGAUCCAAUUCCCUCUCCCCCUCCGCAACAGCCACCCCAGCCCAAUGAUACCGCGCUCAAGCCCGGCAGCCCGCUGCCGCGCAUACAUCUGGAGAAACCCAUCCAGUUUCUCCGCGUCCACCGGAUCUAUCUUCUUCGCAUACUCAUCCAAAAUCCCCUGCAUCGAAACCGCCAUCGCCUGCUCAUUCCACGCACGCGCGAGCCGCACCUCCACCUCUGCGAUCUCCGCCCUUACAGCCCGUAGUUCCGGAUCGUCGCCCCCAAGCUCUUCACCCUCCGACUCCACACCCACAGCCAAAUCCUCACUCCCCUCCCCUUCAUCAGAGACUACAGGAUAAACAUCCUCAAACAUCUCCCGCCGCGGCACAAUCUCCGUCUGAAUGUCGGUGAUAGUCGCCGCCCCCGUGCCCUCGAUCCGGAUCGAAUCU